AUGGUGUUCAGCGCACCAUCCUGGGUUCCACCAAUGCCCCAUGUGCCCGACACCUCCAUCUUUGAGUUCAUGUUCGACGAAAAGUACGGGCGAGCGUCGUUUGAUACCUCCUUACCGCCCUACAUAUGUGGUGUCUCGGGGACCGUCGUCUCUGCACGCGAGCUGAAGACUAGAGUAGAGAGUCUAGCCAGGGGACUUGCUUCUGAACUCGGUUGGAAGGUGAAUGAAGGCUCUGCGCUGGACAAAGUUGUGGGAAUAUUUGCCCUGAAUACCAUUGAUAUCCCAACUUUGACAUGGGCGGUGCAUCGACUGAACGGAGUGUGCGCGCCUGUCAAUUCCGCCUUUACUGCGGCGGAAUUAGCACACCACCUGAACGCAGCUGGAGCCAAAGUCAUCAUUACGGUAUUGCCUCUUGUAAAGGUCGCACAAGAAGCGGCAAAGAAAAUCGGUAUUCCGGAGUAUCGAAUUUACAUUUGCGAUAUGCCGGGUCCUAACGGGCUCGACGCGCUCGGUGAUCAUGCUAGAUUCACAACGAUCGGAGAUCUCAUGAAGAAGGGGACCACGAUGCCAGAUAUUGAGACUUUGCAGUGGAACCCUGGUCGUUCAAAACAACAGGUUGCUUUCCUCUCUCACUCCAGCGGGACGUCUGGGCCACCCAAAAUUGCCAUGAUAACACAUGCGAAUAUCAUUGCCAACGUCAUUCAGAUGACCUUGUUCGAACAAAAAGGCCGCGGUGGACCCAGCAUCCGGGAAACAGUCCUUGGCAUUCUACCACACUCUCACAUCUACGGGGUCGUCAUGAUCAGCCAUCUCAGCACAUUUAGAGGAGACUCGAUCAUCGUGCUACCCAAGUUCGACAUGGCCAUGUUGCUCGAGAGCGUUACACGAUACAAGAUCAAAGCGCUCAACCUGGUCCCACCUAUUAUAGUGGCCAUGAGCAAGAAUAUAGGCCUUCUGCAGCAAUACGACUUGUCCAGUGUCUGCACCGUUGUCAGCGGUGGCGCACCACUGAGCCAGGAAACAAUUGCUCGGUUUGACGCGGCGUACCCACACUGGAUCUUUCGCCAGGCGUAUGGCUUGACCGAGGUCGCCGCAUGCGCGUGUCAUACCAGUGCCCACGAUCCGUGGCAGGGCAGUUCCGGCUCUGUCGUUACUGGUUGCGAGGUCAAGCUUGUUGCCAAAGAUGGCAAAGAGAUUGUGGCACAAAACACGGCGGGCGAGAUAUGGGUCAAAAGCCCUAGCAACAUUCUUGGCUAUUUGGGCGACCAUGCCGCCACAAAGGAAACUUUCCAUGAAGAUGGGGAUGAGCGCUGGCUGAAGACUGGCGACAUCGGAUUAUUCAAGCAGUCAUCUAGCAACACUGAGCAUAUCUUUAUCGUAGACAGGGUGAAGGAACUCAUCAAGGUUAAGGGAUUCCAGGUCGUCCCAGCUGAGCUCGAGAAUGUCUUACUCACGCAUCCAUCGGUAGUAGACUGUGCGGUAAUCGGCGUCCCAGACAGUCACAGAGGAGAGGCUCCCAGGGCUUACGUACAGAGGUCCAAGGGUACAAUGGGAGGACCAGAGGAUACUCUUGCAGAAGAGUUGGAUCUAUUCAUGAAGGGCCGACUGGCCAGAUAUAAGUGGCUUCGAGGCGGGAUCGUCUUUGUUGACUCCAUUCCCAAAAGUCCGUCUGGAAAGAUCCUGCGCCGCAUCCUUCGCAGACAGGCGGCUGCUGAGGGUGUUGCAACCGCAAAGCUGUAA